AUGGACGAUUUCCACGCCUUCACCUCGCAAGAAGGCCUGUACGAGUUCGGCUCAGGCUUCGCGACAGCACAACCGCAGCAACAACCAGCCCAAGUCCACGGCCAAGCACACCACGACCCGCGGUCGCACUCAUAUCCGCCAUUUAUCCAGACUUCGCAUCCUCAAGCCCAAGCUGCCUGGCCGCCGCUGCCUCUCGGAGCGAUGGAUCACGAGGCGCUGGCACAUCAGCAGAGCCAGCGGCAACAGCACCCUCAGCACAACCACCAUCCGCACCAACAGCACCAGCCACCGCCUUCGCAGUCCUACAUGUCUGCUCGCUCGAACCAGCAACAACAGCAGCUGCCCCAACAGCAGCAGCAGCAACAACAACAACAACACAGCCGUCCGAGUAGCAACCAUGACAACAAGCAGAUUAACCUGCAGACGGCAGGCCUCGACCUCGAGUACGCGAACAUGCUGCCCAACAACUGGCAAUAUCAAUUACAGCAGGCGGCCCAGCAACCGCAGUAUGGUGGUGCACCGGAUAGCAAUACUUUCGACAUGAACGCCUUCAACGCCGCCUCUUUUGGAGCACAACUGCAGUCGUCGCCUGUCGACUUCAUGCCCGCAACAACCGCUGGCGGUUAUUCAGUGUCCGCUGGAAUGGACCCUACGACCUACAUGACCAUGGCUGGCCCAAUGGAAUCGAUGAACGCCCUCGUCUACCCACUGAAUGACUACCAAAACGAAAUGAUGUUUCCUAUGAGUAUGAAUUACGGCCAACACACCAACGAGUCCGUGCACUCGAGUAUACACGGCGGCUCGCCCACCGGCACGAUCCUGGAAGUGCAGUCAUUAUCUGAUAAUGAGGGCUCUUGGUCUCUCGUCAACUUCAACCCACACCGCCAGUCGCUCGACUCAAUAGGCACGGUCUCCAACCCAAGUCAGAACCUCCACAUUCGCACCCAUUCCGACUCCUCAUCGUCGGACGGACCUCACUCCGCCGAACUGUCGGGCAGCUACGAGGAGAUUGCGCCAUGGCCCAUAACGUCGCCACACGAGUUGACGGGCCAAGACUACCUCGAUGCUCAGUACUACCAACAUACACAUGGACUCUCCAUGGCAAGCCAACAAUACCACACAUCGCCAUCGUCGUCAUUAGCUGUCAGCCCUACUGCAGGACCCGCUGGUGGGUACAGGUCGUCGGGUUCCUCGACUACAUCGCCUUCAUCAUCGGGGCCCACCUCGCCACCACUUCGUCGUCGGAAGUCACCUGUCGAUAGCACCGGCAAGACAACCAAGGCUGUCAUCAAGAAGACUUCGCCACAGGCCAGGAAAGACGCAGUUUCCGAAAAGAAGGUCGGUCGUAGACGGGGACCAUUGCGACCGGAGCAGCGUCAGCAGGCUCACGAGAUCCGAAAAUUGCGCGCUUGUCUACGAUGCAAGUUCUUGAAGAAGACUUGCGACAAGGGCGAACCAUGUGGUGGGUGUCGACCAAGCCACGCCAGGCUAUGGCAGGUCCCCUGCACGCGCAUGGACAUCAAAGAUAUUGCCUACUUCAUGAAGGACUGGAAGGCCGACUACGAGCGACAUGUCAGCCUUGGUUUCAGCGUUAACAACAUCAAGGGUUUCAGCCAACACGAGCGUGUCCUUUACAUCACGCACGGAUACGGUCACUACCUACCAAUCAACGCACGCGAAGUCUUCGUUCGGGAUGACCAAUGUUUCGGCAUUGAUUGGGUGGAGACCACUCGCAGUGAGAACCCAGAGGAGUUCGACGUCAACACAGCCAAGCUAUCAGCAGGCAUGGAAGGCGUCAGCACAACCCUACUGUCCGAAUACCUUGACCGUCACCUUGACACUGGCUUCGAGACGUUUGUCGAUGACUACUUCGAGGGCACCAAGUUCUUGACCGAGAUCCUGAAGACGGCUUACCGAUACUACGUAAAGGAGCGCACACCAUCGGUCAGGAAAGCCCUCAAACUUGUCCUUGCAUACAAUCUCACCCUUCAUGUGACUAUGGUCGAAGGUCUUUCGGAAGAGGAACAAUUCCAGGGUAGGAUAUUCGACGACAAGUCAAAGUUCAACGGCAAGACCAUGGCACCUGUCAUCAUCAACUUCCAGAUCAAGUGCGCGCUCGCGGAGAUGUGGCGAGAACUCCAGAAGGACAUCCUGGAAGAGCUAUCCGCCCUAUACUCGUCAGUAUACUCUGGUGAGAAGCUCAAGAACUGGCCGACGAUCUUUAUGCUGGCCGCCAUUCUGCUGGCCAUUUGGGAAGAGAUGCAGUUCGACUGCCACUACCGCAUACCAGAUGAGGUGGCUGUCAAGAAGUUCUGUGACGACAUGGAGACCACACCAGUCGGUGUGAUCGUUGGCCUGUUCCAAGCCAUCUCCACCAAGCUUCCUGGUCUCCAAGAGUGGGACUCGAAGAAACAUUCCCACCUUUUGAACGACAACUGGGCCGUCUGCGAUGCCCUGACCGAGGUCAGAGGCCACAUCAACAAACAUGAGAAAUACCUCAAAGAGCGUCAGAACGCCAAGUUCGACCGAGACGACUUUGACUGUCUAAGCAACAAAUUCUUGAGCAAACUCGUGAUUCGUGCGAACUAG